AUGGAGGACGGUAUCCAAAAUGGCUUCCUUUUUCUUCUGUAGUUUGUGUUUGUUUUUCUUGAAAAAUUCGUUAAUUUAUAUACAAUUAAAAGAUGUAACAUUGAUAAACAAGAGAGUUCAUUGAACAUUUAUUCGUCUUUAAAAUUAUCAGUAACACAAUGGAAGAACUGAGAAUUAUUAAAAUGUAUCAGAAAUACCUUGUAAUUUUUUAUUCUUUUGUGAAUAUUCUUCUACACACAAACUUUUAAAUUAUGGCUUCGAGACCUAAUGAUGGUUUAAAAAUUAAUAAUGUAAUUCAUCAUGCAAACCAAACUCCUGAUGGAAUUUAUAAAACAGCAACACCUCAAUGGCAGGACACACAGCUAUUAACACAGAAUCAUGGACUGAAUGAAAAUGAAGUCAUAGAUGUUAGCAUGAGCGAACUUCCAUAUGGUUGGGAGAAGAUUGAGGAUCCUCAUUAUGGAACAUAUUAUAUUGAUCAUGUGAACAAAACAACACAGUAUGAAAGUCCUCUGUCACAAGUACAAAGAAAUCAAGAAGAUACAAUUCAGAAAUUACCUUACAUAUUUACAAGAAAUCCAUAUGAGCUGAAAGGAGAAAUGAUUCAAACAACAUUGGUGAAAAGUGCACGAGGAUUUGGAUUUACAAUUGUUGGUGGAGAUAAUGGAGAUGUUGAAGAAUUUUUACAAAUAAAAAAUAUUGUUCCUCAUGGUCCUGCUUGGCAAAAUGGAAUAUUACAAACAGGCGAUGUUUUAGUUUAUGUCAACAGAACGUGUGUUUUAGGUUACACUCAUCAAGACGUUGUUACACUUUUCCAAGCAAUGUCUCCAGGUGAUAGUGUUCAACUUGAAGUAUGUCGGGGCUAUCCUCUUCCUUUUGAUCUAAGUGACCCCAAUGCAGAAGUUGUAUCUACUAUGGCUGUGUCUGUUAAUCAGUCACCUGAAAACAGGCCAUUAUAUAAUGAUACUGCUGACCCUGAAGCUGUAAAAGAAGAAUACUUCAAGUUAGAUGAUGGAUCAGAUUCUGCACGUUCUGCUAAAUCAAUGCCUGACUUAAGAAAUUCAAAUCCAUCCAAAAUACAAAGACACAGUAGUGCAGAUAUUCUAGAUAAUCCUACAGCAGAAAUGUCUACUUUCAAUCAGCAACAAAAUGAUUUUUCAGAAUAUAUUACUGUAGAAAUUAUUAAAGGAAAUAAUGGCUUUGGUUUUACUAUUGCUGAUAGUGGUUGUGGACAAAAGGUAAAAAAGAUUUUAGACAAAAAUAGAUGCAAAUCUCUCCAAGAAGGAGAUGUAUUACUUGAGAUUAAUGGAAAAUCUGUAACUAAUGCGUCUCAUACGGAUGUUGUAUUAACAUUGAAAGAAUGUCCAUGCGGAGAAGCAGCUAAAAUAACCGUGCAGCGCAUGCUAAAAGGAAAUAAGUAUUUUAGGUCAUAUGAGUGUAAUAAUUAUGAAAUGGAUGGAAAUAGCAAUUUAGUUUCACAGUCAUUAUUAUGUUCAGAAAAAAUUAAACCAAAAGAUAUAACAAUUCCCUCUGUUCCUGGUUCUUACAGAAGUAAAACCCCCACUGCUGAUCUGUAUAGCUCAAAAAAUAAGGAGACUGUACCUGUUAAUAGACCAAAAACUCCUCUUAUGGAUACAAGGAAUUGGUCUCCAGAAGAAAAUUCUUAUCAAGGUUAUAAUUCUUCUGUGGAUCAAGAGCUUUUAUCAAUGUGGAAAACAGGUUUUAGAAUUAAAUCACCAAAUUCUCAACCUAAUUGGUCAGUUAUUCAAGAUCAGCCUCCUUAUUGGUUUAAUAAGAAUUUUCAAGAAUCCAACAAGAAUCAAGAUUGUUUGCAAUGUGAUGGUCCUUUGCAAAAUUUUAAGAAUAUUCCUGAAAUAGAUGAACUUAAAUCCAUUCAAAUUAAUAAUAGAGGUUUAUAUAAUACAAAUAAUUGGGAUCAUGCUAAUCUUGGAAAUAUAAAUGCUGGUGUUCAGUCAUAUCCAAAAUUUAUUUCAAAUAGGUAUUUAAGUGAUAAUAGUUAUCUUACAUAUUCUUCAGAUUAUAGUAACUGUCAAACUCCUCCAGAUAAUAUCAGUCAGCAUAUGUUUACAAAAGAAAAUAUUCCUGGUCAUAUUCAUUAUCAAUACUCACCAAAUCAAAGUUUAACACCAACAAAAACUAAUAAUUCUUUGGAUCAAGAACAGCAACCUCUCUUAUCUAAAGUUUUAAGUGAAGACUCGGAGUAUAAUAUGUAUAGAACACAAACUAUACCAGAUAGUCCAGAAUUAAAUGAAAUGAUAGUCACUUUACAUCGACAAGAAAGUGGCUUUGGUUUUCGAAUUGUAGGAGGUACAGAAGAAGGCUCUCAGGUUUCAAUUGGUCAUAUUGUUCCUGGAGGAUCUGCAGAUUUAGAUGGAAGAUUAAGACCAGGGGAUGAAAUUAUAUCAGUAGAUGGACAAAGUGUUAUUAAUACAACUCAUCAUCAUGUUGUUCAGCUCAUGGGUAAUGCUUCUAUAAAUGGAAUAGUAACACUUGGGAUUAAGAGAGAUAUUCCUCCUAGGAAUAUAGAGUCUCUUCAAGAUUCUUAUGCCAAUCAUUUUACAGACCUUGUAUAUCCAUAUAAUAUCACUGUUACAAGAAAGCAAAAUGAAGGUUUUGGAUUUGUAAUCAUAUCAUCAGUUAAUCGAAUUGGAUCAACAAUAGGACGUAUUCUAGAAAACAGUCCUGCAGAAAGAUGUGGUCAGCUUCGUGUGGGAGAUCGAAUAUUAGCUGUCAAUGGCAUUAGUAUUAUACAUAUGCAUCAUGGUGAUAUUGUGAAUUUGAUUAAAGAUUCAGGAUUUUCAGUAACUCUCACUAUUGGUGCACCACAAGAUGAUGAAGAAUCAAGUACUACUUCCAAUUCUCAAAAGGGUGAAGAAUCCCAAAAUGAACAAUGUUACCAUUCAGUAGAAUUAUUAAGAGGAACGAGAGGUUUUGGAUUUAGUAUCAGAGGAGGACAAGAAUUUCAAAAUAUGCCUCUAUAUGUUUUGAGAAUAGCAGAGAAUGGACCAGCUCAUCAGAGUGGAAAAUUACAGAUUGGAGAUCAAAUUAUGGAAAUUAAUGGAAUCAACACAAGUGAAAUGACACAUGCAGAAGCUAUUGAGAUUAUUCGUCAAGGUGGCAAUUCAGUUUCUUUGCUGGUUAAAAGACAUGACAAAUUACCUGCUGCCAUUGCUAAUAAUCCUGGUUCUCUUCCACCUGAUUAUUACAGUAUUAUUGAACAGAAGGAAAUAACAAGAUAGUCAACAAUUCAGUCACUUGCAUAGUCAAAGUGUAACGUUUUGUCCAUAUAUUUUUGUUUAUUUUCUUGUAUAUUAUAAAUAUUUCAUUAUUGUCUGUAUGAGAAUAUUAUUGUAUACAGUAUUGGUUAGAUGUCCAAUUAAAAUACAUGUUUAGUGUCAAAUUGGAAAGUAGCUAUUUUGUUGUUUAUAUUGAAUCAAUCUAUGUUUUAAAAAUAGAAUUUUUAAAACAUGUUUUAAAAUUGCUCUUCCAACUAUGUUUUUUUACAACAGAUUUUUUUCAUUUUUGUAUUUACAAAGUGUAUUGUAUAUUCAUGAAUAUUUACUAAAAUUUUACAAAUUAUAUCAUUUUCAUCAUCUACUUGAAUUGUUAUAUAUUGACUUGAGUGUAAAUGUGUGAAUGUUUAUAAUGUAAAACAUUUGUUAUUCAAAGUUAAUCAUUGACAGUUUACUGUUAUCAAAUUUUAUAUUCAGUCUGUUUUGUAUGAAGGAUGCUAAUGUGAAUUAUUGUGAAUUUUUAAUGGCACUGCCAACUAAUUGUUCAUUAUAAUAUAAGAUAUAUUUAAAUUUGAAAUAUUGUUAUAAUUAUCUUGAAGGAAUACAUUGGACAAAUUACUAGAAAAAAUUAUGAGUAAAAAAGAAAGACAGUAUAUGGCAUAAUUUACAACAGGAAA